AUGGAUGUGUCUACUGGUCUGGUGGUUGUGACGUCCUUUCAAGUUAAAGAAACUAUCAACAACCUCAAGCGCACAAAGAUGUGGAACGAAAUCGCAUCAGUGGCAAGACCAGCAAUCCGAAACACCCAGACGAUCCGAUCACAGUCACUGGGCCGUCCCAUCGUCCCAGCUCUCGUCGCCCAGCAAAGAAGCUUUCGGUCAAUCCCCAGCCUGAACAAGACCAAGCAGCAAGCGAAAGAGGAAGACCACUUCCACGACCGAACAAUUCUAGACCCGCAACGAUCCGAAGUGUCGAAGACUGGCACGGACGAGGAGGUCGCCGGCCAUCAGUCGGCCUUUGAUCCCAGCAAACCGGCUCCCGAGAGUUCGCUCGAGGCUGCGGAGCAAGAGUCCAAGCAGGAAGGGAAGAUCAGCAAUCCCCUGAACGUUAGUCCGGCGAACAAAGAUGUGAGCCACGCACGGGAUCCACAGGAGGGAGGCCCCGACCACAAUGCCGAGAAGUCCGGGCCGAGUUCGAGGGGGUGGACGAGGAAGCAUCAUCUGUUGUGCUGUUUGAGCUCGGAAUACUCUCUGUCUGCUCCCGAUGACGUCCGUCAUUUGGGGUACAUGUCUGCUGCAUUGAAAUGCUCUAACGGCGAAUUGCUAUGGAACAACUAUGUAUGGUAUUCACGUGGGCUACAUAAUGGAAUAUGA